AUCUAUCUUUUACACAUUUACAUUAUUUGCAUUUACAGCAGUGUUAUUAAGUCACUGCGCUAACGAAUGUUACGCUGUGUACCCAAGUUUGCAGGCGCCAGGGCACUCACGGAACACUGUGGAUGGAAGGUACAACUCGCUCUAUGCGUGGACAGACAACCAACUGAAUACGUAGAACCGCCAGAAGAUAAAGCAUAUAGGGAGUUCAUUGAAGCGUGGAACUCGGCAACGCGCAACCAGCUAAAAGUGCCACGUCUGUCUACCAUAGAAAGCAAAAUUACACAUAAGAUCACACCUUCAAAGGAAAAACUCGUCACUAAAGCGGACAAGGAGUCUGCAACUAACAUAGAGGUGUCAGGUGAACUUGAUACUCUUCUAGCUGGAGAAAUUUCUUUGGUACCUACCAGAAGACGAUCAAAGCGAGGCGAUCAGGAAGUCAAGAAAGUCGAAAAAGUAAAUGUAGACAACGACGUGAGAAACGUUGAACGUUUGUCAAAAGAGUGGUUGUUUCUCUUAGUCAAGCACAAGGUUCAUGGAUGGAACCUGCCAACAACUGACCUCUACCACGGAGAAGGCCUUAGACAGACAUUGAAGCGGAUUUGUGUUGAGCAACUGGGAAAUGAAUAUAACCCAUAUUUUAUCGGGUAUGCCCCGUUCUUAUACAGAACAAUUCCAUUUGACAAACUAGACGAACAAAUAGAUAUCAAGGGUAACAAAGUAUUCUAUUUCAGAGCCAGACAUAUACCAGGCACAACAUUAAACAUUAACACUGAAGAUAACCAUAUAAUAGACCACGCCUGGUUUACAUUGGAAGAAGUUGCGAACAAAGUCAACGAUCAUAGGCUAAUUCAAGCACUGCCAAUACUGCAAAAUGGCGUUCCAUAAACAUAGUAAAACCAACAGAGUAGCGCCGCUUACUAU